CAAAAGAAGAGAGUGAUGGGAAACAAUGGGACGGAGUGAAGCCGCUUACGCCCUUCCUGGCGAUGUUGUCUCCCACUUUGACGAGCUUGAAGCUCGAGAAUAUCCCAAGUUUGAUUGUGGGGCGUUGACUGUAGUUAAUCUAAGUGGCUAUCCCAGUGACACACUUUCCGAGGAGGCUGAUAGUUUGGACCCUGUUCUCGAUUUCAGGGGCUGCUUCAGCUUGGAUCCAGAAACUGUCCUUCACCAAGAGUCAGUUAUUUUCAACUCCAUGGCAUUUCCAGGUGAACAAGUGCCAUCAUAUUUCACUUACCGUAGUACCGGAACGUCCACCUUUCUCCCCAAUAUCCCUCUACUUCCCACACAUCUCUCUCAACCAUUCUUCAGAUUUAGGGUUUGUGCGGUGGUAAUCGCUUUCAAUAUAGUAUCCAUCCAGGUAAAUAGUCGGUUCACAGGCAGAUUUGGGAACAGUUUUGAUUCCUUUGGUGAGGGACAUGGAUUCAUGGAAAUUCGCAAGGGUGAUCUGUUGAUAUUUGACUGUCGUAUCCCUUUAAACGAAGAUAAUGCUCCUCUAGCUCGAGGGAACUACGAUCACGUGGAUAUGAAUAUUCUUAUAAGUGGAGAUUUAGAAUCUACAUUCGAAUUAAAAGGAUGGGGUAUACGACUCUUAGAGGACUGUUCAUCAGCGGAGAACAACCAACUUGGUAAACCAAACAGUACUCUUCCACAUGUUUCUGAAGCUGGAGAAGGCAAUAUGCGCCGGUAUACACCUCUUCAAGGACUUGUUAAUGAGAUUGAACACAGUGAAGAGUCUGUAGAUAACAAUGUAGAGAGAAGCACGAAGCGAAUGCGGCCGAAUUGAAGACAAUAUGAAGUAUACGCCUCUUCAAGAACUAGAGAGACGUUUUCAGGUAACCCAAACGAUUUUUCCAUUAGGAAUCUUAAUUAUAGUUCCACAGAGCAUAGGAGGAGCUUCUUUAUUUGGAAUCUUUUCAAUAGAUUUUGCCACCGACUAAAGAGUUGGUUUCAAUUGGUGAUUUCAUAUGAUGCGCCGCCCUUGCCUUCAGUCUCCAUUUUGAUUUUAUGUGCUUAUAAAGUUGUUGGGUAUUU